GGAGGAGCCGCUUUGCGCCGGCAACAUGGCAGCGUCCAGCCGGGCCCAGGUGCUGCGGCUGUACCGCGCUCUGCUACGAGAGAGCCAGCGCUUCAGCGGCUACAACUACAGGACAUACGCCAUCAGAAGGAUAAGAGACUCCUUCAGAGAAAACAAGAGUAUAAAGGAUUCUGCAAAAAUAGAAGAACUAGUGAAUAAAGCGAAAGAAAACCUGGAGAUUAUUCAUCGGCAGGUUACUAUCGGCCAGAUGUAUGCCACACAGAAAUUGGUCAUUGAGAGUCCAGGAAACACAUAGCUGUGAGGAGGCUCUGACCCUGAAGCAACCCUGGACCAUCUUCAGCAUCUUUCAGUGCCACGUACGGAUGCAUAACGUCACUGCACAUCUGGCCUAUUCUGUUCAGCAUAAGAAAUGUCUGAGAGACUCUUUUUUUGGCAACCAAAGUACUAUUUUCUUAUGGUUCGCACAUUCUGAAAUAUACUGCUGUGAUUUACAACAGUGUGUACGGUAGUCCUGAAGUCUGUUUGCUUUUGUGUUCCUUGUGAUUAAAUAGUACCUGCUUUAUUCGUCAAUAAAACUUUGUUAACCUACCUGCAACCAGA